AUCACUCCUAUUCAUCUUCCAUCAUGCCCUAUUUCUCCUUUUUGCUUCCUAUCACUUCUCAUUACUCUUUUUUACUCCCUUUCAUUUUCUAUUACUUCUCAUUACUCCAUUGUUAUAAUAAUUUUUCUCUUCCUCUUUGUUUCACUUUCUUUAUCUCUUUUGUAUUUCUUUUUUUCAUUUUUAUUUAA